AUGGGCAGCAUCCUCCAGCAGAAAGAGCGGAGAGGACCAGCAAACUUCCCCCGGAGGCUGUUCACCGAGGCAGGGUGGAAGGAGGCCGCCUGGAGCGAGCUCAAGCCGAGAGAGGAGCAGAGAGAGGAGGAGAGGGAGGAGCAGAGAGAGGAGCAGAGAGAGGAGGAGAGGGAGGAGCAGAGAGAGGAGGAGAGGGAGGAGCAGAGGGAGGAGCAGAGAGAGGAGCAGAGAGAGGAGGAGAGAGAGGAGGAGAGAGAGGAGGAGAGAGAGGAGGAGAGAGAGGAGGAGAGAGAGGAGGAGAGAGAGGAGGAGAGAGAGGAGGAGAGAGGAGGAGAGAGAGGAGGAGAGAGAGGAGGAGAGAGAGGAGGAGAGAGAGGAGGAGAGAGAGGAGCAGAGAGAGGAGGAGAGAGAGGAGGAGAGAGAGGAGGAGAGAGAGGAGCAGAGGGAGAAGGAGGAGAGAGAGGAGGAGAGGGAAAAGGAGGAGAGAGCGGACCAUAG